UCCUUGGCUAUUUCUGUAAAUUUUCCAUGAAAUGACAACAAACGGUUGACCAUUUUCGCACGAGUAACACUUAUUGCUUUUAAUUUUCUCGUGAUACAACAAUGUUGUUUAAAAGUUUAUAUAUUUGUAUUUGCAUAGCAUUUGCUUAUUGUGAACAGGAGCCCAGACAACCGAAAAUAUUUUCUUUUGAUGCUUCUAAAGACGAUCUUCAGGUUGGAUUAGAUUUUUCACUACCUUUCAUCACAAUACCCAUCAAAAAUUCAGAUCAAGGCUCACCAUUCGCUCAUAAUGAUUUGAGUUUACCAAAGAUACACGUCAAUCUUUCUUCACUAAUCGUUGGAGGAUUAGUAUUCUUAGUGACAACUUUUAUUUCGCCUCUUCUCCACAAAUCUUCCAGUUCAUACCAUAGAUCAUCUAGAGUUUCAGAUAACAUUGAACAUAAUCCAGUUAUGGAAUUCAGUAAACAAAUAAUUGAGAAAAACGAGGGUUGUCUCGAAAGAUUUGCAUGUGUAUCAAGUCAGCAGAAACAUGAUAUGCAAUAUUUAAAAACGAUGAAACGAAUUAUGAGGAACGAACUCCUUUCCUCAAUGUUAAACACCACAGCCUUAGAAGAGGCGUCUAACAGAGGCUUACGAGGGUACGAUUGUCUUGGAUACGAGCCUUGUGCUUUAAUGAAAGAGGACUUUAUUACGAUCAUGGAUAACAUCGCUGCAUAUCAAAAGCCGAAUAAAACUUAAUCCACAAUUUUAUACCUACCAAAUACAAAGUUAUUAAUUAAAGUAAAAAAAAUUAUAACAUUCACUUCCUAUAUUCAUAUCAGCGACUGUUUUCUUAAUGCUCUUUAGAGAUAAUUACCGAAACUGAGCCUGUUUUGAGCUUAAAACAAAACUUACUAUAAAAAUGAUCGUAGUAUCGUUCUCGAUGGCAACUCCAUUUAAUAAUCACAUCAAAUUUCACUCCACUAUUUGAUUUUUAUUAAUUAAAUUUAAUAUACAUUAAAUAAAAUAAAAUAAAUAUAUUAUUUUGUAAAUUUAUGAAUUAAUCUUAGACACAUAGGAUUAAUUUCACCUUCUGUAAAUACUUCUAUUAUUUUAUUUCUGAUCAUGUUUUAUAUGAAUAUGCUAUGUAAUAUAUAUUUUUUUAAUUUUUGCAAAUUAUUUUUGAAAUGCAGUGCAAAAUGGGAAAAAUAUCAAAAUCUUUGCUUAUUAACCCAAUUUUCUAAUCAAUACGAGAUAAAUUAAAUUUGUACUACAAUAUACCAUAAGAAUUUAUCUUAAAUCUAAUAUAAUAAA